GAUGAUAUGUGGGGUCAUCUCAUGAAAGGCGUUUUAAACAUUUGCAGAAUCGACGUUUGUGACGCAGGACAUGAGACAGCAACAUCAGCUUCCAAAUUGUACGCAGCGGAAGAACUAAUACGGGAAAAAGGCUUCGCAGCACUGACAGAAUCAAUUGUGUUGACAUCGAUUGAUACAAACCAGGAGUGUAAAGCCAAGAAAUGUGCCUGUCGUAUUGAAAAAGUUACAGCUACGUUAAAUAAUCAAUUAUAUAUUGAUUUGGAGGUUAUUAGUAUUCAAAACGAGCAGCAGUCAUUUUUAAUGUGUAAACCCACUGACAUUCCUGCUUACAUUUCUUUGCAGAAUCAAAGAUACAGAUUAGCAGGAAUCGUUAAAUACCAAGAUAGUCACUUUGUAUCAGUGUGCCGAAGAGUAAGUGGAAACUGGGAGGUUUAUAACGACAUUCUUAAAAAAAAGUCAAAAUGUAAAUUGAACGAAACAGUAGCACCAAAAGCUGCUGUCUAUAUAAGAGUUGAAGGGGAAUAUUUCUAG